AUGGCGUGGGUCAAUGGGGGCGAAACGGACUGGGUCAUCACCACGGGAGGGACAGGUUUCGGCGUGCGGGACACGACACCUGAGGCGGUCAAGCCGCUCCUCGAGCGUGACGCUCCGGGGCUGGUGCAGUUCAUGCUGUCGACGUCUCUGCAAGUCACACCUAUGGCUGCUCUAUCUCGCCCUGUCGCCGGCACGAUCCGAGGUACUCUUGUGAUGACCCUUCCAGGCAGUCUCAAAGCCGUCAAGGAGAUCUUACCCGCUAUGCUCUCCGCUGGUGUCAUUCAACAUGCUCUUUCCCUUGUCAAAGGCGGCUCUGGUGCGGACGUGCACUCCAAGAUGUUGACCCCCGUUAGUCCUGUUGGCUCUAUCGCUACCUCUGAUUCCUCCGCCGUCACUACUCAUCACCACCAUCACCACCACCACCGCAAGCAUCAUCACCACCACUCGCCCGGGGAUCAUCAUCACCACUCGCAUGGUGACCACCAGCCUCCUCAGCCGCGCUCGGUCCUGGCUCACGACCCCUCUGCCCCGGUAUCUGCGCGCCACCGUAAAUCUCCCUACCCUCUAAUCUCUUUUGAUGAAGCAAUGAUGAGAAUUUUUGCCGCAAUUGCACCCCUGCCCGUUCAGAAGCUUCCUGUGACUGCAGCCUUGCGUGGGCACGUCCUGGCGGAGAACGUACAUGCGCCGCACGACGCGCCGGCUUCGUCCACGACCAGCGUGGACGGCUAUGCAUUGCGAUCGACCGACCCGCCCGGGAUCUACAAAGUUGUGACCCCAAAGACGCACAAGCUAUGGGAGCUUCUGCCCGCGGGAGUGAUUUAUCGCAUCAACACCGGUGCACCCCUACCCAAGGGCACGGACACGGUCAUCAUGGUCGAGGAUACACGUUUGCACUCGGUAUUCUCCGCGGCAGACGUAGUCAUCGAGGUCGCAAGUGUGGAAGUAGGUGAGGAGAAGGAGGUAGAGACAUUGGCGCAGAUACCUCUCGGCGAGAACGUUCGUCUCCCUGGAUCCGAUGUCAAAGAAGGCACGCUCGUUAUGAAGAAGGGCGAGCGCAUUCUGAGUACCGGUGGUGAGAUUGGGACCCUAGCUUUUGUGGGGCGGAAGACGGUGGAAGUGUACAAGAAGCCUGUCGUAGCGUUGCUGAGCACGGGGAACGAGGUGAUCGACCUUCAGAAGCCCGAGCCGCCUCGCGGGGACGGAUGGGUGUAUAUCUACGACACGAACCGUCCAUCGCUCCAAGCCGCCCUCGAAGGCCUCGGAUACGAGGUCAUCGACCUCGGUAUCGUCACCGAUACCGUCGAAUCCCACGUCACUGCCCUCACCAAAGGCCUCGAGCGCGCCGACAUCAUCCUCACCACCGGCGGCACCAGCAUGUCCGCCGAGGACCUCCUCAAGCCCGUCAUUGAGCGCAACUUCGGCGGCACCGUCCACUUCGGGCGCGUUACUAUCAAGCCGGGAAAGCCUACCACAUUUGCUACGGUGCCCUGGGGGAAUGGCCCACCGAAACCGAUUUUCGCGCUCCCGGGAAAUCCGGCGUCGGCGUUGGUGACGUUCUAUGUGUUUGUGGUUCCGGCGUUGAGGAGGCUGGGCGGGUGGGCGGAGGAGGUUUGCCAGUUGCCGAGGGUGUCGGUGUUGCUUCAAAACCCCAUGCGCCUCGAUCCGCGGACCGAGUUCCACCGCGCAGUCAUCAAAGCAUCACCAAGAGGAUUGCUCGCCUUCAGCACCGGCGGGCAGCGCUCCAGUCGCGUCGCAAGCCUGAGCGGCGCGAAUGGCUUUGUCGUCGUGCCGCCGAAGACGCCGGCGUCGCCGGUGCAGCUAGAGGUGGGAACGGUAGCGGAUGCGAUAUUGAUAGGAGAGAUCCAGAUGGCGUGA